CCAGGAGGGAGCGGGCUCUGGGCACUGGUCGCGCGGCUGCGCACAAGUGCCGUCGCUGUCGCCGCGGUGAGAGGAGGGGACGCGAUGGCUGGACCGGCGUGGAUCUCCAAGGUCUCUCGGCUGCUGGGGGCAUUCCACAACCAAAACCAGGUGACCAGAGGUUUUGCUGGUGGUGUUAAGACAGUAACUUUAAUUCCAGGAGAUGGUAUUGGCCCAGAAAUUUCAGCUGCAGUUAUGAAGAUUUUUGAUGCUGCCAAAGCACCUAUUCAGUGGGAGGAGCGGAAUGUCACUGCCAUUCAAGGACCAGGAGGAAAGUGGAUGAUCCCUCCAGAAGCCAAAGAGUCCAUGGAUAAGAACAAGAUGGGCUUGAAAGGCCCUUUAAAGACCCCAAUAGCAGCUGGUCACCCCUCUAUGAAUUUAUUGCUGCGUAAAACAUUUGACCUUUAUGCAAAUGUGCGACCAUGUGUCUCAAUUGAAGGCUAUAAAACCCCUUAUACGGAUGUAAAUAUUGUCACCAUUCGAGAGAACACAGAAGGAGAAUACAGUGGAAUUGAACAUGUGAUCGUGGAUGGAGUUGUGCAGAGUAUCAAGCUCAUCACCGAGGCGGCCAGCAAGCGCAUCGCGGAGUUUGCCUUCGAGUACGCGCGAAACAAUCACCGGAGCAACGUCACGGCCGUGCACAAGGCCAACAUCAUGCGAAUGUCAGAUGGGCUUUUUCUGCAAAAAUGCAGGGAAGUUGCAGAAAACUGUAAAGAUAUUAAAUUUAAUGAGAUGUACCUUGAUACAGUAUGUUUGAAUAUGGUCCAAGAUCCAUCCCAGUUUGAUGUUCUCGUGAUGCCAAAUUUGUAUGGAGACAUCCUCAGUGACCUAUGUGCGGGAUUGAUUGGAGGUCUUGGUGUGACACCAAGUGGCAACAUCGGAGCCAACGGGGUUGCGAUCUUCGAGUCGGUUCACGGGACCGCCCCGGACAUCGCUGGCAAGGACAUGGCCAACCCCACGGCCCUGCUGCUCAGCGCUGUGAUGAUGCUGCGCCACAUGGGGCUUUUUGAUCACGCGGCAAAGAUUGAGACUGCGUGUUUUGCUACGAUUAAGGAUGGGAAGAGCUUAACAAAAGAUUUGGGAGGCAAUGCAAAAUGUUCAGACUUCACAGAAGAAAUCUGUCGCCGAGUAAAAGAUUUAGAUUAAGGCUUCUACAAACGGUAUUCGCAUCAGUCGCUUUAACGGAUGCCUCAUCAGCCUGUAUUAGGAUACCUCCCAUUAUGUAUGUAUUUUUUGCUUGUUUCUUGACAGAGUACGUUUUUAGACAUGGCCUUUUCUUAACAAAAUCUGUGCAAAGGAUGCAGGUAAUGUCCCUAGAACACCUGCUUUCAAAGGACUUUUUCCAAGUGCUUAUUUAUUAAAUAUCUAUCUGGUAUACAUUUUUUUUUGUAAACUCUAUGUGGACUGUAUCAUUUGCCACUGUUAACCAUUUUACACUUCAGUUAAAACAGUUUUUCUUCAACUGUAAAUAUCAUGAUACAGCGUUAAUAAGAGAAAACAUCUAACUUUUUAAAGAAAAACCUUGAUUCCCUUGGUUUAUGAAAAAUAUAAUGGAAAUAAAACAGAAUAUUAACAUGAUAGCACAAGACGAUAUUCUUAUAAAACUAAACUGGCACAAGACAACUUUCCUGGGAAAGUUUACAUUAAAAACAGUUAAUGUGGUGUAUUUCUUAGUGAUAUGGAAGGUAAAGACUGAUUUGUCCUUUACAUGAAUUACUGAGUAUGAAUAAAGACUCCCAAUUGAGGAAUAUAUACUGAGAGAUAUAAUUUUUGUUAAUAAGAUAUGGACAAUAUAUUGGGUACUAAGACACAAAUGCAUUGGGUGUUCAAUUAUUUUCUUGAGAUUUACUAUUCUUGGCGAGAGCUUUUAACGAAGUGAAGGGGUGGUAGUUCCUUUUCACUGGACGUACAUCAAGCAUCAUGUGUAACACAGCCCUCGAGCCCUGUAUGGACAGAGAGUUGGACAUGGGAGCUGACUGCUGUGUGCGAUCACUUCCGCAGCAUGUCCGGAAAUGGACCACACCCCAGCUGAUAACUGCUACAAGGCCUGACCGCAUAAAUUUUGGCUGCAUUUAAGGAACCUGGGAUGCUGGCUAUUAAUCUUAUAUUUCAGUAGCUACUCCUUCCCCAAAGCACCAAGUCACUCCCCUCUGCCUCAGCACCAGUAAGAAAUGAGUUGCAGAUUCAGCCUGAGUUGAUUCACAAAAUCCUGCCACACCGGGGCUUGGCUCAGCUUUUGACCUUUGGGCAUCUCCUCUCCAUCCCUCCUCCAUUCCCUCCUCCCGGCAUGUCUUUUCUUUAAUCUCCAGACACUAAGGCACUAUUUUCAUGAACCCUUUGGCCCCACACCAAAGGCGACUCUUGGCUUCCCUGACCCUUGUGUAACACUGCAAACCUGUGACUCUGCGUAGCGUACCCUGGUCACAAGGGCUUAACAACAACAAACAUUCCUGUCUGGGUCCUUUUUUAGUCUUGUAACCAGACUUACAAUCUUAUAUGUAUUUUACUUUGUUCAAAUGGCUGCUUCUGUUUUAUUGGAUUGUGCUAAUUAUCAGUAUUUCUUGGGUUUACACUAAUAAAGAAUUCCCAAACUGA